ACUAUGAAAGAAAUUUCCCAAUUUUUUUUUUCAACGAGUUUGGCAGAAUUCAACAUUUCGCGGUCAAGAAUACCCCUUCCAUCCAGUGACGAUGCCCGCAAAUAAACCACAAAGAAAGAAAGUCAAAUCAACUCCCAAGAAUGUCCUUGGAGAUAGCAGCCAAAAGGACGAGACCGAACGAGAUCUCGAAGCUUUGGUUUUCGGCGGCGAUGCGGACGACAUGUGGAAUAAAGCUGGUCAUGAGUUAAGUGACGAAGAAGCAGAUUUCGACCAAGACGAAGUCGAAGUAUACGACGAGAAUGAUAAUCAGAAGGAAGCAGAUGAUCAACAACUAUUCUAUUUUGACUCUGGACCGAUUGCAACUCCAUCAGAUCAAGCUAAAGAGGACGAGGAGGAAGUCGAUGAGGAAGAUGCCAGUGAAGACGAACAAAUUGAAAGUGACGUCGAAACUGAAGAUACGGAAGAGAGCGAGGAUGAAGUAGAUAGAUUGAAAAGAGUUCAAGUGGACGGUUAUGGCUACGGACGCAAACCAGCAUGGGAGGAUCAAGAUGAUUUUUCACUACAAGUUUCAUUAGUCGACGCUAACCGAACCAAAAAACUGCGAGAAACCGAAGACGAAGAUAUCAUCAGUGGUGUUGAAUAUGAACAGCGACUUCGUCGACAAUUCGAAAAGGUCAAUCCUGUCCCAACAUGGGCCACUAUUCCAUCAUUGCGACAAGCUAAGAAAAGACGCAGUAAGGCUGUUGAAGGAUCAGAUUCAGAAUACUCUGAUGAAGAAGAGGAGCAUUCUGAUUUCGAAGAGGAUGAUGAUGUUCAUAUGAUGCGUAGCACACACGGUAUUUUGGAUAAGCGACGAGCUUCCAGGAAGUUACCACAAAAGGAUCUUUCUAUCAUCCGCUUGAGGAACGCCAAUCAAAUGAAUUAUUCCCAGUCGGUUAUUUCCACUGUUCAAUUCCAUCCAAAUUCUCAAGUUAUGAUGACGGCAGGUUUAGACAAGACGUUACGAUUGUUCCAGAUCGAUGGCAAGGUGAAUCACAAAAUUCAAUCAGUAUACUUUCAAGAUAUGCCCAUCCAUCGAUCGGCGUUCCACCCCGAUGGAGAUCACAUUGUGGCGACGGGUCGCCGCAAAUACUUUUAUAUUUAUGAUGUUCAGAGCGGUUCGGUUGACAAAAGCAGUGGUAUCUGGGGUCGUGAAGACCGGUCUUUGGAACAGUUCUCCAUCAGUCCUUGCGGAAACUACAUUGCUUUCCUUGGUCGUGAUGGUUACAUCAUUUUGAUCAGCUUCAAGACCAAGCAAUGGAUCGCCAACCUGAAAAUGAAUAGCUCUGUCCACAGUGUCGAUUGGUCUGCCGAUGGCAAGUACAUCUGGGGAGUUGGUAUUGACGGCGAAGUAUACCAAUGGGAUGUGGCGCAACGAGCCUGCGUUCACAGAUGGAUGGACGAUGGAGCUUUCAAGCCGUCGGUUAUGGCCGUCAGUCACAAUGAAGACUAUUAUGCUGUCGGUUCCAAAUCCGGCGUGGUCAAUGUGUAUGGAAGAGACGUUUUGCGCACUGAUUUGUUCAACCCGACCCCGCUCAAGGCGUUGGGCAACUUGACUACGCGCAUCAAUGAGAUCAAGUUCAACCACGACUCCCAAUUGAUGGGUAUCUCCAGCAACCGCAAGAAAGACCAAUUCCGCCUUGUUCACUUGCCAUCGCUCACUGUGUUCUCAAAUUGGCCCACUGCUGCUACCCCGUUGUCAUAUGUCUCUAGCUUUGACUUUUCUCCCCGUAGUGGCUAUCUCGCCAUUGGUAACGACAAGGGUCGUGUACUACUUUAUAGACUUAACCAUUACCCUAGCGCAUAGAGGAAGAAAAAGGAGGAGAAAAAAUGUUAUUUAGAUCACUUUUGGUGAACUACUUAGUUUCUUUUUUUUUUUUGUUUUUUCAUCACUCAUUUUUCAUUCUAGUUCCACGGUUUUCACUGUACAUUUUGAUACAUGCUCAUGUUUAAAUACAGCCGAGUUUCAAGCUUGGUCACAUUAAUUUGAAAAAUAAGUCUUCAUUGUUCAAAUGGCUGAACAGGUCCUGCUAAGGUUCGUCGAGCUGCGCGAAGUUUCGCUGAUCGACUUCUAGAGUUUGCUUCCACC